CUGUAAGGCAUUUGGAAAUUUAUAAACAGGGCCAGGGUGCAGCACUGCAAACUGAACACUAAUGUCGAUUUCACCACUUCAACAGCAUCUCAUCAGACCUGACACAACAGCACUCAUACUUAAACAGAGGACAAAGAAACAGAGAAGUCAUGGAUUCCAUCACUUUGAGAACCCAACGCAUUACCACUGCAGAGGACAUGAGAAACCAAACUCAACUGCUGUCCUACUCAUGGGAAGAGUAUUUGACCCCAGCACCGCUAUCCAUAGCUAUUUUGGGUGAGCUGGCAUGCAUCUCCUCCACAGCAGAUUUCUCUAUCAAUAAAAAUCCCCCCGCAGGUGGUUACAAACACAUCAGAUACCCAGAAUCCUUUCGAGCUUGCCUCAUGCAAGUGUGUAACUCUGGUUGGUGGGCAUUUAAUGAGGCCCAUAAAAACAUGGAUAAAAUAAGUCUCCAUACUGCCCGGGUUCCAGAUUACAUGAAGACCGCAGUGAAGCUUCUGUUCUGUGGCAAUAAUGAAGUCAUUGAAGCACAUCUUCCUAAUCAGCUAAAGAGUAUCGGAGUCAUUGCAGAGGAAUGUCUUAAAUUGUCAAUCGAAACAGAAGACUAUUUCAGAAAGGUGGUCAACAUUAUCCAGGAACUAUUUGAAGCAUGUUUAAAUUCGAAAACAUUUUAUGGCAAAGAGAUGCAGGAGAUGAAGAGGAAACUAGAAGAGGCCAAAAUAAGGGAGCAGUCAGCACAAGAAACCAAGAGAAGAAUGGAGAAAGCAAUGAAAGACAUUGAUGCUGAAGUAAAGCGAGCUAGAGAAAGCUACAAGAAAGCACUGGAUUCUCUUCCAACUGGAUGGAAUUUGAUUGGGAUGGAAAUUGUUGGAGGAAUAUUUCAGAGCGUCAAUGCACUUGUGAAUGGGCUGGCAGCCUUUAUAGCCAAGCCAACUCGAAGCGCAAAGCAGGCUGUUAAAGGUCAGCGUCGACCGAGAGGUGGAAGUGAUGUGAUCGUGAUUGAUGACAUCAUAUCAUGCAGUAAGUCUGCUGAAAUUCUUGCCCUUGUGCUUGCUAUCGAGGAAAAUAUGUUUGCGGGUACCAAAGAUAAUGAGAUUGACUGGAAGAAUCUGUAUGAUCAGAAGGAGAAUUAUACAAAAACUGAUUUCAUAGAAAAGCAGUUUAAAAGAAUUAAUGGCGAUUUAAAGAAAGUCUCAGAUUGCCAGAGUAAAGCCCAAGCUCAGGUGUUAUGCCAAAAGGCCAUUAACAUAUGUAGGCAGUUAGCACGUUAUGCACCAGAAGGCAAAUGUGACAAAGCCACAUGCAUGAAGAUAAUACAGGAGGUCCUGGAUUUAAAAAAUUCUGCCUGUGUGUUUGAUAGCAAAAGCAAAGCUUUGACACAGUCCCCAGCUAUUUCUCCACAACCACCGAUGAUGUUUAAAAAAACAACCGAGCAAAAGAAUAUGAAUCCAGCACAGAGGGUUUCGGAGAAUGCGCGAUUCCUCAUAGAACAAAACAAAGCUCAGUUGCAAAAGGCGAUGGAGCUCCGAGAAAAAAGUGUGCAGAGUCAAGAAGAAAACAUGAAGGAAUUAGACGAAAUCCUGAUCUCUAUGCGAAAAUGUGAACUCGAUGAAAUCGACUUUGAAACCACCAUAAAGAUGCUGACAAAAGGUAUGGAUGCCAUAGGACAAUUGCAGAUGCGAUGGCAGAAAAUGGUUCAAUUCUUUCAGAUGAUUUCCAACCUUGUGCAAACCAACCUCAAUCCAGAUCUCAAAGACUUUGUCUUAACAUGCUCAAACCCCAAAGGCCUAUCCUAUGAUCCCAAUUCAUUCGCAAUAGACCUCCUCUACAAGCAAGCCUUCAAAGUCAGUGACAUUGCUAGUCUGGUCAAUAUGAUCUCAAGAACAUACACACAGGUGUCCAACAAGUACCUGAUGGAUAAUGUCGGCACACUGAGCAUUCUGAUGGCCAUGGAUCCAGAAAGUGAUCCAGAAUUUGGGGAGAAGCGUAAGAGGUUCCAGGACUCCUGUGAGGAUGCAAAAAACGGCAUUUCAAAGUUUGUUAAGGAGAAAAAGAAGGAGUAUACUGGAAAAAGCAUUGAAAGACAACAACAGAUUCAGCAAGAGUUACUAGCCAUUCUUCCCAAAGUUCCUCAGGAGAAAGCCAAGAAAAUUUGUGAGAAUGUGCAAGCUGGAUUCAGUGAGGAAGAAGCAGCUGAAUACAUCUGAGGGAAUACUGUAUGUAUUGUCACAUAUUAACAGAUCAAAUCAGUUGAUUCUACUGUAGUUUUAGCUUAAAAAAAACUUUCCAAAUAUGUAAUAGUCAUGACUCAUGAUAGUCAAUUUAGUGUAUUGUCUGUCCACACUAUUAUUAAUUUGAAUUAUAACUUUAGAUUAAAGGAUGGAAAAUAGUAGAGGAUAUACACUCCCUGACAAAAGUCUUGUCACUUAUCUUUUCGCAGAAACACCUGCUAUUAACCUGACUUUUAAUUAAUCAGUUGGUGUUAGAAAUAGCUCAUAUGAAAAGCUAAAAGCCUCCCAAAUGAUGUUUAAUGCACUGAAAUGAAGUAGUUUCACUAAAAUAUUUUUUAUUAUUUAAUCAAGACAGAGAGGUCAAAUUUUGGCAAGACAAACGUUUUGUCGCCUAUACAGAAAUUGAACAAAUUUACUGCAAAUACAAAAAUAUUUCAGCAAAUUAAAAUUGCUUUAUCGUGUGGAUGGAUAUUUAAUUUAAACUGAGCAUGUGUGGAGGGGAUUUUCUUUUAGGGAAAACUCCGGUUAUAAAUAUACCCGUGUCCAUGUGGACUAGGCCUUACAUAAAUCGUUACAUUUCAAGUAUUCACAACAUACAGCAGUCGUAAUGAAAUUUCAGUUUAAUCGUAAAUCUGUGUCAUCGUGGGAGAGAAUCUCAUUCCAGCGCAAGAGCCUUUAAUCUACGAAUA